AGUUCAGUACAGUAUAAGUAGCCUUAUAAAACAGUUUCUGUACGCAAUUCGAACAACAAACACAGUUUUGUUUUUAUACAUAGCAAAAUGAGUAAGAAAUCAGUUUUUACCUUUUUAGUUAUUAUUUUGAUAUUUACGACAGUGAACAGACUUUUAGCAGUACCUACACCAAUAGACCAGAACAACGAGAAGGACAGAAAUGAGUUUUUGACAAAUUUUCUUUCGUUGUCAGCUUCCUCUUUGCUUAAAGGUGAUCAGAAUGAUACCGAUCACAUAGAAAUUAUAAAGGACAGAAGUUUACCGGUAUCUAUAGAGGGCACAGCUUUACAAGAAAAAGAUGAAAUAUUGAAAAACGACGACUUUCAAAGACAACGAAUAAUUUCUCCUAGAUUUAAUCCCUCGAGAAAUUCACAAAGAGAAGAAAUCAAAAACCUUAAAAAGACGAAAAAUGUAAAUCCAGAAGAAGACGAUCUUGGUCCCCCUCCUCUUCCUCCCCUUCGGGAAACGGAGUUUUUUAGAACAAGGUUCAAAACCAGUCCAGUUUUUGAUCUGAAAUCUGCAGAUUUUCUGAGUACAGACACCCUUGCUCGUGAUCCUAAAUCCACUGAUGCUUUGUCCAAACGCAAAGAUGAACAGGCUGGAGUGAUAGGAGGAGUGGUGGGUGGAGUAGUUGGAGCAGUAGGAUUUAUUAUCAGCAAAAAAAUCAUAUUGGUUGCUGUGCUCUUGGCUGUUCUCCUUGCAAUGUCACUAACAGGUUUGGACCCUGAAAGUUUACUGCAAACAUUCACAGACAACUUUGGGUUCGGAUUUAAUGUAGAGGUUGGGGUGAAUGUCAGCACUGAAGGAUCAAGUUCAUCAAGUGCAGGAUUUCUUGAAAAAGCUUUUAACACAUUAAAUUCUCUGGUCGGUGUAAUUAUCAAUAUGAACACUAACUGGAUGGGAAACUCUUUAGGAGUUAUGGUUGAAGGAGGAACGGAAGGGGGAGGGUUUAAUGUCUCCUUUGCUCCAUCAGGAUCUGACAGUGAUUCUACUAAACAGUUCAACUUUAACCUUAAUCAACAAUAAAAAGAAAAAACUAUGUUCCAGAGUUUUAAAGAAAUAAUAAGUUAGACAUUUUACAGAUUGAAAAAUCUUAACACCUUUUUCUUGUAAUCAACCCUUUAAUUACUUAGAAUAAAUAUAGAAUUAUGUAUAA